AUGGCUCCGCAAGCAAAGCCAAAGUUAUCCCAGACACGAUUGACGACACCCCAAAAACCUGCGCCGAAAAUCUCGUUCUCUACGACCAAGACAGCGGGGUCAAAGCCAAAAACGAAAGUGAAGCCGAAUCACAGCAUCUUGAGUUUCUUUAAAAAGGCGCCGGCACCAGAUGAGGGCUUAUUCAUCGGUGAAGAUGGGCGCGAAGGCGAUCAGAAGGAGGAUCUUAACGGAACGAAUCUCUCUUCCGCCACUUGCGACGUCAACGAUGCGACUAGGUAUAACGAGUUAGGUGGGGCGGUUAAGAAGAGAAGGUUAAGCCCCCCUCUAAGGGUGGUCAGAACGGAAGCGGAUGGAGGUGACUCGGUGUCAGCCGCUGGAUCGGCAGAGAGUCUCGGGGCGACGACGGCGGUGUCGAGACCCGAUUUGAACACGCCAGCAGCGCCGAAAAGAAAGGCGGGGAAUCCGUUUUUGGACGAUUCUUCGGAUGACGACGACGACGACGACAAGGAGAAUAGUCCAAUGGUGAGACCGCCACCGCCUGCGUCUGCUGAGUCAAAUCAUGAAGAAUAUGAAGGUCCUGAGCCGGCGAAGCUUACCAAAGAAGAGGAGGUUUCCAGGAGAGCGCCGCUUCUGAGGCAGAAGACGUCGGGAGAGGACCUAAACAGUGACGACAAGAUGUGCGGCGGACCGGACGAUAGCGAUUCAAACAAGGCCGAGGCUACUUUAAUAAAGGACUUUACUUGCGAGGAACUCGAGGCGAUGAUAUACAUGGAAGAGCAGGCGCGGCGUGAAGCGGAGGAAGAAGGGGAAGAACACGAGCAGAGCGAAUACACCAGCGACGAGACGAUGACGGAGUGCUGCCCCGUCUGCAACGGUAGUUUGGCGGGUACAACAUCGGACGAGGCCACAGCCCACGUCAAUUCCUGUCUGGAUGGCAACCCCACGCCCUUACCAAAACCUGCAGUCCAGGUUUGUGAAAUCACUGAUGAGACCGAGGGGCCCGCCGUAGGCAAACGAUUUGCCAAAGCCGCUGUUGCGCGGCCAGGGCAAGCCAAUCCAAUCACCCUCUCAGACAAUGCCGAAGACCCGAAGUCGAACUCUGCCUUCACUAAGCUCAUGUCCGGGCACGCCGAGGACGCAGCCUGGGCGGCGGCGGCGGCGGCAGAGACCGUGUCGAGAGGCAUGCCCGCCUACAAGCGAACCUGCCCCUUCUACAAGAUCAUGCCCGGGUUCUUUAUCUGUGUCGAUGCCUUCCGUUAUGGCGCCGUUGAGGGCUGCAAAGCGUACUUCCUGAGCCACUUCCACAGCGACCACUACAUGGGCCUCACCGCAAACUGGACUCACGGCCCCAUCUAUUGCAGCAAGGUGACGGGGUCACUGGUCAAAUCACAGCUGAAGACAGCGGCAAAGUACGUCGUGGAGUUGGAAUUCGAAGAGACGGUGCUAGUUCCGGACACCGGCGGGGUCACAGUCACCAUGAUCCCCGCGAACCAUUGCCCUGGGAGUUCCCUUUUUCUCUUCGAGAAGAGCGCUGCCGGGAGAACGCAGCGAAUCCUCCACUGCGGCGACUUUCGGGCCUGCCCUGCACAUGUUGAGCACCCAAAGCUGCGACCCGAGACGGUCGAUGCCGUUUCCGGCCGGACGAAGCAGCAGAAGAUAGACGUGUGUUAUCUCGACACCACCUACCUAAACCCGCGCUACUCGCUCCCUCCGCAGGACGACGUGAUCACAGCCUGCGCCGAGCUCUGCGCACUCCUCAACAAGGCCCUCCUCGCCAACGAUGACCGUGAGUGGGAAGCCUUACUUCGCCGACAGCGCGCGGGAAGCUCCUCCGAUACCAAGGACGUCAGCAAGUUCUUCACUGCUGCUGCUGCUGCUGCUGCCGCCUCCUCCGCCACAUCGACCAGCUCGGCCACUCCCAGACCCGAUCAGAACGCCUUCACGGCCCUCGACGGCCGCCGCCACCACCCCAACCGCCUCCUCGUAGUCUGCGGCACCUACAGCAUUGGCAAGGAGCGCAUCUGCGUCGCCAUCGCUCGGGCCCUACGAACCAAAAUCUACGCCUCCCCGGCCAAGGUCCUCAUGUGCAGACAGCUCGGCGACCCCGAGCUCUCCUCCCUCCUCACCUCCGAUCCAGCCGAAGCUCAAGUCCACAUGCAGAUGCUCAUGGAGAUCCGCGCUGAGACCCUCGCCGAGUACCUCGAGGGGUACAAAGUCCGCGGCCAGUUCGGACGCAUCAUCGGGUUCCGCCCGUCCGGGUGGAACUACCGGCCCUCGGCCGGCAAACCUGGCAACGGCGGCAGUGCUACCAUCGGAGCGAACCUUCCCCCGACCUCCCUCCCCACCACAGAGCUGCUCCACGGUCCCGGCUGGAAGACGCGCUUCGCUCUCAAGGACCUAGUCCCCCAGCGGGGCAGCUCCCGGGAGGUGCUGUGCUUUGGGGUACCAUACAGCGAGCAUAGCGGCUUCCGGGAGCUGGCCAUGUUCGUGAUGGCGCUGCGCAUCGAGCGGAUUGUGCCGACCGUCAACGUCGGGAGCGAGGUGAGCCGACGGAGGAUGAGGGGUUGGCUGGACCGGUGGCUGUCCGAGAGGAGGAGGGGCGGGUUGGUGAGGGUUCUGCCGUCAGGGGAGGAAGAAGGGGGAAAGGGAAGAGGGAAUGCAGCAGAGUUGUGGGAGGGUAAGGAUGGGCGGGGUGGCGGGGUGUAUUGGUAA